AAUAUGCCAUGGUGCUUUAUCUCUAUGGAUUUUGUCAUAAACUUAUCCAAGAGCAAGAGUUUCAACUCAAUCAAUGUGGUGGUUGAUCAAGGGCUAUCAAAAGGAAUAAUAAUUACUCUGUGCAAGAAAACCAUUACAGUGGAAGAAAUGACCAGCCUCUUCCAAAAUAACAUUUUCAACAGGCAUGGGUUA